CGAUUCUCGGAAGUGUGAAAAAUUCUACGAGUCCGGAAUGACAAUAACCUCUUUGCUUAUUAUGACGUUCUAAUGUUUUACUUUAUAGGCUCCGCAAAUCUGUUUGUUUUGUCCGUGCUUUUCGCUGCACCUUUUACACUUGUCGACACGAACGCGAUGAAUGCCGUGGACGCCGUUGACGCCGUGGACGAAGACGAUCAGUCCAAGGCGGUGAUGCUGUUCGGCCGAGACAUUAGGAAGAUUCCCUGUUUCAAGCAGAGCAUGCUGUCCGGCAUCUACAGCGGUCUCGCGGCCGGCCUGGCCACCUUCAUGUUCACGAGUCGCGUGAAGCUGUCGACAAACGUGGCCCUGGGCUCCUACAUGGGCGUUGUCGUGGCCUAUUGGUGUUACUGCCGGUAUAAUUACGUGAUGCAAAAGUACGCUAUGCAGGACUUGCAGAACGUCCUUCGGCAAGCCAGCGGCAGUCGACGGGAGCUCAAGGAAGCCUCUCACGAGCAUUAGAGAAAACUUAUCGACGCUUAAAAACUUUCAAAUAAUGUACGACAAUGAUAGAUACAAGAUAUGCAAACAAUAUUGCGCUAUCGUAUAAUGUAAUAUAUAAGAUUAUUGUAUAUUGUUUAUAAAAUGAGUGUAAAAGAUUGCCUGGGUUAUUUUUCAUUUUUUUGUUUGCAUUGUAUAUAACAUUUACAUAUUUCAUGUUUAUGAGAUUGUUAUGUAAUUUAAUUGUAUAUGUAUAAAAAUGUAGUAAUUUUGUUUAAGAAUUGACACACAAAUUCAUAGAUUUUAAUAUAAAGUUGUAAUAUUACGAUAAUGUAGCCAUUGGGUAUUUUCCAGCAAGUAACAGUUGACACAGUGAAUUAUUUUAUUCUUGUUUGUCGAUGUUAAACGAGGAUUAAAUGUUUCACUGUGUUAUUCUGUGUCCUUCCAUGUCUCUUGCUGGAAAACACUUAUUGUGACUAUGCAAUUGUAUUGUAUUUUAGCGCUAAUAGUGUGAAAAAGUAAUAUAUCGUUUUUUAUAUUUUUAAAUGCAAUAAUUGAUACAAUACUGAUGUCAUGAUUGUAUAAUUGAUUGAAAUUGUGCUGUAAAAUAAAAUUAUUUU